CGGCAAACCUCCUCCUCGGUCGACCUCCUACCGAGCCGACCUCGUCCCCAAGCAGCGCGGCAGCGUAGUCGCAGGGUCGAAGAUGAUCAUCCCCGUGCGCUGCUUCACCUGCGGCAAGGUGAUCGGUAACAAGUGGGACCACUACCUCGAUCUUCUCCAGGCCGAUUACACGGAAGGGGAUGCUCUGGAUGCAUUGGGCUUGGUUCGCUACUGCUGCCGGCGUAUGCUCAUGACCCAUGUUGACCUUAUCGAGAAGUUGCUCAACUACAACACACUGGAGAAAACGGAGACAAGUUAAUACCCAUCCUGCUGUGAAACCCUCUUGUUCAUCUUCUCGACAUGGGUGUGUGAGGUCCUAAUGUGAAGUUUGUUCGUUCCUGAAUGUCCAAGGACUGUUAGUGUGACAAUGCGUUUCUACUUCAUGUAAUUUCCGACACCAGUAUUAAACUUGUCAAAGUUGUAAGCUUUGGAAUUAUAAAUCCGUGUUUUACGUUUAAUCUUGUUUGUUGUGGGCACC